AUGGUGGGACCAUUUCCGCGCCGCCGGGCCGUCGUGGCCUGCGCGCUCCUCGCGGCGCCGCGCCUCGCCGCGGCGCAGCGGGCGCGGCGGCUCCAGAAGGGCCCCAACGGCGGGAAGAAGCCGCCGCCCGGCGGCCCGCCGCCGGCCCACGACGACGGGUGGGAGGAGGACGGCGACGAGGACGAGGAGUGGGACGACGAGGAGUGGGACUGGGACGACGAGGAGUGGGGGGACUGCGAGGAUUGGGACGAGGGCUGCGAGGAUUGGGACGAGGGCGAGGCCUACGGCUACGGCCACGGCGGCUACGGCUACGGCCACGGCGACGAGUGGCGGGACGAGGGCGAGGAGUGGCGCGGCGGCAAGGAGGGGAACCUCGAGGGCCAUGAGUGGUGCCUCUGGGAGGUCACGGCGGAGUUCGUCAACUUCGGCGUCAACGGCGGCCGCUGCUUCGGCUGCUCCGGCAUGGCCGACGAGGACGAGCUCGUGGCCCACUGCCGCGAGCUGUGCCUGAAGGACGCGGACUGCGUCGCCUUCGAGACCGCGCCGGACGGCGUCGAUUUCUACGAAUCCGAGUUCGAGGGGAAGCGCUACUACCUCGACGGCUUCGACCACAACGGCGUCAACUGCUGCCUCGAGCAGAGCAGGAAAAGGGUGCGAAAUUCCCAACUUCAAAGGCUCCUAUCUCGGCCGUUUUCCACUCGCCUCGAGCACCACACGUCGUCCAACAAGGGCUCUCCAAAUUCCUGGCAGAGGAGCGGCGACGUCGACGGCGACUGCCCCGCGGAGGUGUCGCUGUGGACGACGCGGGAGCUCGUCGAGGGCGAGGCCGAGUUCUGCGACCGCGACUACGGGCUGGAUUUGGGCGUGUGCACGGCCUACGCGGAGUACGACUUCGACGAUUCCGAGGACGCGAACGUCGCCCGGAGGGACCUCUACCUCGAGCGGGGCUGCGCCGCGAUCGUCGACGGGUUCUACUACUUCAUCCUGGCGAUGUGUUUCCUCGCGGGCGCCCUCGUGACGUUCCUGGCCGCGGCCUGCUGGAUUUUUGACGCCCUGCAGGACCAGGAGCGGAAGUCGCGGCUCCGGGCGGGCACGUGCGUCGUCGUCGUCGCGUCGGCGCUGGUCUGGUUCUUCGGCCUGCUGCCGGCGGUCUACUGGCUCCCUCCGGUCUACGAACUCUCCUACGCGGGCGCCGGCGUCGGGCUCGUCUUCGGCCUCGCGGCGCACGCGAAGCCCGUGAAAAAGCGCCUGCUGCCCCGGGUCGACGGCAAGACCUACUGCGUCUCGCCGGCGGGGGACGUGGCGCGGGUCGAGGCGGAGAUGGUGCCGGCCAUCGAGGCCGUGCCCAUCGACCGGAGCCCCGUCGUCGUCGACGGCCGGCGCGAGCUCGACGGCGCCCACGACGAGGAGAAGGAGGAGCGGUCGCCGGUCGCGCGGUCGCUCACGCCCUCCAAGGCCAUCAUGGCCGAGUCCCUCAAGUCGGUGCCGCGCGCCGGCGACGACGAGUACGACGUCUUCAUCUCCCACUGCAAGAAGCUGCCGACGUCCGAGGACCGCGCGAUCUGGCUCGCGGAUCUGUUCGAGGGCGAGGGCCUCAAGGUCUUCUUCGACCGGAGCGACCUGCUGGAGAUCAGCGAGGCGGCCCUGCGCGACGCCGUGCGCGCGUCGCGCGUCAUCGUCACCGUCGUCGACCCCGUGACCUUCGACAGCGUCUGGGUCGCGAACGAGAACGCCUGGGCCAAGGACCUCGGCAAGCCCAUCGUCGCGUUCUACGACCGCGACCGCCACGCGUGGGACGAGAUCAGCAAGUGGGUGCCCCUCCACCCGCACGUCUUCGCGCGCCAGGCCAUCCCCUACACGAAGGACUACCGCACGGAGGCCAAGGACAAGCUCCUCCGCCAGGUCGACCUCGCGCGCCGCGACGCGACGGUCCGCGGCCACGCGGCGCUCAAGGGGCUCCACGCCGCGGGCUCCGCGACCUUCUAA